UCAACCGGACACAUUUUAAACUUUAUUCACGAUUUCUGAACUGUAAUAAAAAAAAAAUUUCAUUUGACCAUGAAGCCGCGCAGCAUUCGUUGCAUGAAAUUCUUCUUGACCCUUUUAAACAUAAUUUUCAUUCUAUUCGGUCUUGUUCUGAUAGCAAUAUGUGUUAUCAACAUGCGUGAUAAGAAGAAUCGUCCCGAGAAACAAUCGGCACUCUCCAGGGGCGUGCUGUCGUUCUUUUUGACCCUGGGUUUAGGGUUGGUGAUCACAGCUAUUUUGGGGUGUAUCGGCGCUUUGAGGGAAAACGUGAAGAUUCUUUAUGUGCACGCAUGUUUCCUGAUAUUUCUCGUCUCUGUAGAGGUGAUGGUAGGAGUGGGAGGGGCUGUCCUCAGCGCUUGGGUCGGCAGUGGUAACGAGUUACGUGUGCACUUCUAUAAGAACACCACCAUUGAUGACCAGGGUGUCAACCAACAGGCUUUCUGGGACAAUUUGCAGUCGGAGAACCAAUGCUGCGGCGUAGACGGUCCUCAAGACUACUCAAUCCUCCAACGAGACAUCCCUGUCUCUUGUUGCGCGCGUGCACACCCGCUCCGCGAAGGAGGGGCAAGGAAACAACUGCAUACGUCCUGCCUUGCAGAACGAUCGUAUUAUACCAACGGCUGUGAAGAAGUACUGAGGCAGAAGAAGGCUUUGAAAGGGAAUAUAUUUAUUAGCACUGGAGUCAUUUUUACAUUGUUGGAGAUUAUCUCUAUAAUCUUGGCAAUAUUCGCGGCAAGAGGAGUGGGCAGUGAACGACGAAAGUUGCAACAAACAUUGCAAGCUCAUUUUGAAAGUUAAUUGUAAUUUCUCUAAAGUGUUCUAAAGUGUCACAAUGGACAGCGUUGGACGAGUAGAGACAAUCACGAUAGACUAGGAUCAGCCUUCAUUAUAGAUUUUGUAUAUGGCGGCAAACAUUGACCAUCAUUUGUUGGGCCAACGCUGUCCAUUGUGAAGUAGACCAAUAAUGUGACACAAAUACAAAGGAUUAGAUUUUCACCAACAUGUUGUUGCUAGAAUUUAUAUUUUUAGAUCUAUUAACAAAUAAGGUGUUGUAUAGGGAAAUGCUCACAAUUUUAACUUUGGUUUGACACCGUAGAUUUUUAUAUUUAUAGAUAAUGAUAAUAUUUUGUAGUCGUGUUAUCAAAAUUUUACAGACAUAAGUAAAUAUGUUUUAGACAUAGGUAGGUUAAAAUUAAAUCAAUAAUGCACCUAUUCGUUAAUUAAAUUUAUACAUAAAUAUAAGUAAAUAUUUUAAUGUCUGUGUUUGUACUUUAAUAUAUUAAAGUACAUGAAAUCUUUGUUACAAAUAACUAUUUAACUCUCUCACACAGUAAGAAACACUACAUUUUAUUAAUUUUUAAUACAAUUUUUCACUACAAGCAUUUAAAAGUUAUUAUGAUAUUCGAGUCAAAAUAAUUGUAAGAUGAUGAAAAAUAGCUGUAUUCUGUGAUAAAAUACGUAGAUGACAUUUUAGGGUUAAAAUAAUUAUUUCAUUAAUUUAAAAUGGCUGAAUGGGACCAAUUAUUACGAUAGAUAUUUAUCAUGAGAUUCAGAAGCAAGUAUCAAAAGUUCUUGCUCUGGUGAACUUUAGCACUAAUUUUUUAUAUGGCAUUUUAUUACCUAUAUACUGAUUGGGAAGUAGAUACUUUGAUGUGAAUUAAAAUAAAAAUCAAUGUUUGUUUGUUAAUUUUUAUAACUUUAAAGUAAAAUUUUCAAUGUAUCUAUAAUUAAAGAAAACGAUUAGUUUUUGUGUGUGCAUACAAAAUUUGUGAUAAAAUUUAAGUAGGUAACUAGGUACCUAAGUGUUCAAGAUUAUAUUAUUAGUAGAUUAUAUCUUAUUGUGUUUUGUAUCUUUCUCUUAGUGAAUCGAUUUAAUAAGGAUUUAUAAUUAUAAGCUAUCUUUAUUUUCAUUUAUUUAGAGACUAGAUGAAUAUGCGUGAAUUAUUUUAAAUCUCUUAGAGAUUCAGAUAUUCAAUAAGUUUAAGUACCUAUUUAAUAAAUAUUUUAAUA